UAUACGAAAACAAAAAUAUUCAAAUCACAGGUUUAGAAUGUUUAAAUUCCUAUAAAUCGCGUUGGUGAAAACCCGGAAAAAUUCAAAGAGAUUCCCAUGAAGUGUCCCGGUGCCGUUGCUAGAGGGAGCAGUAGAUCGGUUUCCGCGCGCUUUGACGCUCGAGCCCACCGGGGAACGGAGAACCGGGUGAGAACGAGAGACGCCUUGUUCUGGACUGGCGUGGUUUAGGCGCCGAUGCUCGGGGGUCGUAACGGAUUGACAUUUCGUUUAACAAACACAACUCGCGGCAUAUUUCUGUGCGAGUGGAUACGGUAGCUCCCCGGAACACGAUCUACUGCGUGUCGUGAUGAAAGCUACGAAUUGAAGAGAUCAAUACAACCUUGGAUCGACCAGAGGCUGGCCAGAAGAGAGAGAUGCUGGAGGCUGACGUGGAGUCCUCGGGUACAGAGUUGGCUCUAGAGCUGCAGGCUGAAAUGGAGAUGGGGAGCGGGGAUCUGAAUGCGGAGGUGCUGCGGCUCUCCCUGGAGCUCCAGGAGGCCACAGAUCAGAAGCUGCAGGCGGCCCGCUAUGGCCUGGUGGUGCUGGAGGAAAGCUCUGCCCUAAAGACCAAGCACAGGCAGCUGGAGGAAGAGCAUGAGGCACUCAGACAGGAGCUACAGCAGCUCAAAGAGGCCUUCGCAGACUCUGUCAGCAGUCAGAAGCGCGCAGCUGCAGAUGGAGAGUGCCGGGAGGAGAAUCUCAUGCAGGAGACGGCUACUAAGGAGGCUGCCAUGGCAACCCGCUUGGAGGAGGUCCAGGCGGAAUUGAAGCAGGCCCGUCUGGCUCUGGGUAAUGCCCAUGCUGAAAUCGAUAGGAUCGGGGGGCUCGCUGGACAUCUGAAGAAGGAGUCUGAGUGUCUGGAGGCGGAGAAGGACCACCUGCGGGACGAGAUGAAGGAGUACAAGGUGCGGGAGCUGAGGCAGCUGCAGGACAACUGUGAGCUGGAGGAGGAGAACAUCUCUCUACAGAAGCAAGUGUCGGUGCUCAAGGAGAACCAGGUGGAGUUUGAGGCGGUGAAGCUGGAGCUGACCCAGAAGGACGAGGAGCAGGAGGACCUGCGGGGGCAGCUGGACGAGGCGGCGCGCCUCAAGGAGAUCGCGGAGCGGCAGCUGGAUGAGGCCCUGGAGGCCCUGAAGGAGGAGCGGGAGCAGAAGAACAACCUGAGGAGGGAGCUCUCGGCCCUCUCCCUCAACCCCUUCGACUCGGUGGGCAACCUGGAGCUCCACCUCGACCAGCUGGACGAGAGCCAGGAGGAGGGCCCGGGGGGGCGGGGGGGCGAGGGAGAGGACCAGGACAGCGGCUUUAACAACGGCCCCGGCUCCGCCCCCGAUUCUGCUGACCCUCCUCACUCGGGCGGCUCCAAGACCAACGGCCUCAUCCAGCGCUACUCCACGCCGCGCAGCAGCGACGUCUUCCUCCGCGCGCCCACGUCCGGCCUGGUGUCCGACCUGCUCAGUGAGCUGCACUUCUCGGACAGCCAGAAGCUCAAGCAGCAGCUCCUACAGGUGGAGCGAGAGAAGGCCACGCUGGUCAGCACCAUCGAGGAGCUCCAGAUGCAGCUGGUCAUGUCCAAGCAGGCGUUCAGCCAGCAGGAGGACAAGGUGGGCUCGCUGACCCAGCAGCUGGAGGUCAUCCAUGGGGGCCAGCAGGGCGGACAGAAAGCCGGCGGCGGCGGGGACAACGAGGCGGAGGACGGCGGCGACUACGACUACGAGCUGGACGUCAAGAGCACGGAGGUGCUGGAGGCCCGCAUGCGCGCCGCCCAGGAGGAGCUGCUGCUGCUGCGGGAGGAGCUGACGCAGGCCGGGGCGCGCUACACCAGCCUGGAGCAGCGCUGCAGGCAGGAGAAGGACCGCUGGCGGGCCGAGGCCCAGGAGCUGGCCGACAAGAUCCGGCAGUGCAUCAAGUCGAGCCGGCAGGACCAGGAGCGCAUCAGCGAGCUGGAGAAGGAGAUCGGCGCCACGCGCAAGGUGGCCACCGACUCGGAGGGCCACCUGAGCGUGGCGCAGGAGGAGCUGCUGGCCUUCUCCGAGGAGCUGUCCAACCUCUACCACCACAUCUGCGUGUGCAACAACCUGACGCCCAAGCGGGUCACCCUGGACUAUUACCGCGACGGCGCCCGGGCCAACGGCGGCGGGGGCAGCGGGCGGCGGGUGCACCACCCCACCCCGGCCCAGCAGGCGCAGAGGAAGCAGCGCUCCAGCGACCUCUUCGGCUCCAAGGCCGCGGCCCUGCAGUUCAUGGGGGAGGUGGACUGCUCGGGGUCCAGCGCGGACCCGGCCAGCUGCCCUGGGACACCCUCACUGGACUUCAGGGACCCCUCCAACGUCCGCAACCUGAUGGCGGUCAUCAGGUGCCAGGUCAAACACCUCCGGGUGGCGGUGGACCUGUGUCGCCAGCGCGGCGCCCUGCCCUGCUCGGCGUUCGGCAACAGCGGGGAGUGCGAACGCGACGCAGAGACCCUGAUGGAGGAGGUGCUCAAACUGAAGUCUCUGCUCAGCACCAAGAGGGAGCAGAUCGCCACUCUGAGGACCGUGCUCAAGGCUAACAAGCAGACGGCCGAGUUGGCGCUGUCCAACCUGAAGACCAAGUAUGAGACGGAGAAGGGCAUGGUGUCGGAGACCAUGGUGAAGCUGAGGAACGAGCUCAAGGCCCUGAAGGAGGACGCCGCCACUUUCUCCUCUCUGCGAGUCAUGUUCGCUAGCCGGGAAACGGAAACACGCUGCAGUCAGGCUUUGUCACCUGACGACUGGACAUGGUUAAUCGCUGACACAGCUCUCAUCACUCCACCACCCGACUCCUCCAUAAGGAGAACCCGUCUUCAUGUUGACCCGACCCAACCUCUCCUCCCUCGGCCACCGCCCCGCCACCGAGACCUCCUGUCGACCACCACCACCACCACCACCUCCCCCCUGACCCCCGACCCCCACACUCCCCUCCAGACAACACCAGACCUUCUGGAUCCAACAAACUGAAACUAAAACCAUCUUGUCAUCCAUCCAUGCCUUCUGUGUCUCCCUCUCCGCCCGGAGCGCGCCUGCGUGCAUGCAGCCCGGCCCCCGCAGUAGGGCGGGGGGGGGGGACCCCGCUGCUCCCCCUGGCUCUGUGGUGUCUUAACUGUCGCCACACAACCUCCCGUCCCAUCGUCUUGUGUUUUUAAAGAUUGUGUGCUGUGAAGAAGUUCCAUUGACAGUAUUUGUUCUAGGCCGAAUCUUUCCAAUACGAUAUUUAGUUUCCACAAGUAUUUUUCCACAUGGCUUCGUCCCGUCCCAAAUGUACUGUGUUUUAAAGUGAUGUAUAUGCAAGGCUGUGACCUGUUGCCCUAAAACAUCCGGAAACCUUUUGCCUUUAGUGUGGCCUUCUUUGAUUAGGCCUCUCUGUUAUCCAUUUGGUGGUGCUGACCCUCACAACUACUAUGGUUUAGACUCUGUAGCUUUCUAAUAAUGGCAUACACAAAUGUCUAAUGCUUGCAAAAGUCUUGUGGCCCAUCCAUCUUCAGAAUCCUCUUCUGUAUCACGGACCCUGAUACAAAGGUGUCAUAGUGUGAUAUCCGUUUCAGAACCUCUGGCUUUGACCGAUCAGCUACAGCAACCUUUAAAGUUCAGCGAACAGAUCACUUCACUGGGGAGUAUAGCUCAGCCAUAUUGCUACCGCCUCAGGUCUAACACAAAUUAAUCAGGCACCGUGAUUUGAAGAUAUGAUUGGAUCAACAUCCAGCUUACGUUGCCAGCUAUGCAGACAUGUCGGCUCGGUUAUUGUUCAAUGUCAUUCGUUCAGAUUAGAGUGAGCUGUUACUAGUUUACUUAUUUUCUUGCGGUAAAGUUCCAGUACCUUCUUAAAGCAAUUUGGCUACAAAAAAAACAAAACUUUAACCAACAUAUCUAAGGGACAUAUCUAUGUGAUUCAAACAAAAUAUCCAGGACUGCAUUAAUUGUGCUUUCAGAUUUCCCCAUUGGCCUGAUUACCAUAAAAUAGAAAGCCCAGUGUGUCUUAAUAACACAUUGGUAUGAGUCAACAUCCUGUUGGUAUCAUGACAUGCACAGUUGAAUUCAUACAUUUGGCACAUACAGGUUCAUAGAAGUCCAACUACUAAUAUGGCAGUUAACUACUAACAGCAGCUGUGUGGCUAGCCUUCAUUCAAAUUAACUCAUUUAAAUAAUGGCUUCUUAUAGGCAUGAUUGGAAACCUUAUAGAUGCAAAUAUGGUUUCCUAUUUAGAUGCUUACUUACAAGAGUAAAGUUUAAGAUCUCCACAGGUUAUAACGUUCUUUGCAACUUCACUCACAUCUGACGGUCCAAUGAAAAUGCUGAGAUUUGUAAUCCAUUUCCAGGACUGAAAUGUGGAUCAGAUACGGAUCUCCGGUACCAGAAGCAAUGUGAUGUGGAUCUUAAGCAUUAUCUUGUGAAUAGUGGACUUUGUGGGAAGAAUCGAGCUUAAGAAUCACGUUUAAAAUUGAAAAAUCAAUGUAAGAAGGAAAUAUAUUUUCAAUUGUAGAUUAUUAGUGAAUUAGAAGAAACCACGUCCUGCUGAUUUUUUAUAAAUCAAAAAUUUGAGUGCCUUGUCUUUUUUUGCUGGCCUCUUUAUCUUGGAUUGCUGUCACCUUUUGUAAAGAAUGGCUAUCACGCAAACACUGUAGAAAUUAUUUUUCUUUUUAAUUAGCAAAUUUAUUUGUUUGCUUUUUAGGUAAAAAGGUGGCCAGUCAGCACUGAUUAAGGUGAUACUUGAUUUCGGUAGAAUAUUUUCUAUUAUGUAUAUGCACACACCUUGUAUGAUGAUACGAGUACACAUGAUUAGACUGAGUCCCUCAAGGUCCCUGAACUAACCAACUACUGUUUUUAGUUGGUAAUAUUAUUAUAUGGAUUAUGAAGGAUGUAAAUAUGCAACAUUUUAAAAUAUUCUACCAAAAAUUAAUAUCUGAGUAGAAUUUGCAAUGGAAUCCUGUUACUGCUUAUCAAUUCUUGUUGCGAAUGUGAAUAAUUUAUGUAGUUGUAUACAUUUUCAAUUGACAUCUGUAUUUAUGUUUUGUGUAAAUUGUUGCAAUGUCAUUCACAUGCAUCAUCCUUGUAAACCACUUGUCCUGAAAAAAUAAAAUACUGUUCAUGUAA